AUGUCUGGAAGAGGAGGCACCACUCUUUACGUUACAGGGUUUUCUUCUGGUACUCGCGCCAGAGACCUUGCUUACGAGUUCGAGAGGUACUGAAACCCGUCCAACACAUUAUCUUGAAAUUACUCCCUUCUCUCGUUCGAUCGGUUAUCCCCCUCGUGUAUUGUCACUGCUGCUACUGCUACUUCCCGCUCGAACAUCCCUCCUGUCAACCCCGAACUGUACUUCCCCUUCGUUCGUCUCGCCGCCGAACCGAUAGCAUCGUCACAGUGGUCGCCUAUCGCGAGGGGCAGGUUACACGCGCACACUAUACCCUUCUUUUACAUCAUUCUCAUCCUCCAUCCGUUAAAAAGCCGUUGUCGUAUUCGUCGCUCUCGUGCUCGUCGUCGUCGUGGUUCGUUAUCGUCAUUGUCCAAUCCAGUCUAACGUUCUCGGCCUUCGAUCCAACAGGUAUGGACGUCUUGUCCGCUGUGACAUUCCAGCUCCCAGAACUGCUUCCUCGAGAUUGUAGGUUACCGACCCCCCACCUUCCCCGGUGGACGACCAUUUGAAGCCGCUUUUUUAAUUUUUAUUGGUGGCUGACAGCACCUCGACGGCCAGGUUUGCUUUCGUCGAGUACGAGAGCCGACGUGAUGCUGAUGAUGCCUAUUACGAGAUGCAUGGACGCCGUAUCGGCCGUGAUGAUUUGUUGAAGAUUGAGGUAUGUCUAGGUCUAGCGUUAAUUACCGCGUUCUAUAGGCUAAAUUUAGUUCCUUUCAGUGGGCCCGCACUCCUCCUUCCGCCAGUUGGCGCUUUGAUGGUGGCCGCGACGCUCCUCGUGGAGGUGCUCGUCGUGGUGGCUCCCCUCGCCGUGGACGCUCUAUUUCUCGUGGUCGUGACUCCCCUCGUCGCAGUGAGCGCCGUGGUGAACGUGAUGCAAGAUCCAGAAGCCCAGGAAGAAAGGGUGACGAUGACAUUCGUAGACCCGACGACGAUAGGGAGAGAAGCCCUCUUCCAGCCAACGGGGACGAUGCUCACCAUCGCAAAGGUAAUAUCUCGCGUGUUUAGCUCACAGGGCUGUAGCUAAUUGCUACAGACUCUCCUCUCCACGACGAUCUUGACACUGCCGACCUCGCAGACUAAUGAAAGCAUACUUGCGCCGAAUGGUGAUCUCCUUUGUCUUGAAUUGCUAAGUCUUCGCUGCUUUUUCAUCGGCUCUUUCGAUUUUCUUGUCCGGUCGGCUACAAAAAAACAUUUCUUGGGAAUUCAACAAAAAAUUCAUCAUCCAGUGAUUCGGUAGUUAAUAUCUUGUUUCCCCUAUCGAUUUCAGUUUUCUUUCAAAAAAGUGUUCUGAAUUUGUUGUGCAUCUCACCUGAUAGCGGUUGAUGCGGAAGUUGGCCCGGUGUUUUCUCCUGAUCUUCACCCUUUUCCUUCCUAAAUUCCCCCCAUAUCAUUUUUUCUUCUCUUCGUGUUUCGGUAUUUGGUUGUUUUUAGUCAACUUCGCUGCUUUUAAGUUUGUUACAUUUACCCGAUGGCAGUUCGAGCGAACGAACGAACGAGCGGGACAAUCGGUCGAUCGUCGGUCGGGUCGAACGAAACAAAAACGAUAGCCUCUAUCUACAGAUCCAUUCAUACAUCUGCCUUAAAUUGCACAUUUCCUUACGUUUUUACCAUCCAUCACUCCAUCCAACUGUACGUCCAUCGAUACCGUGUUCAAUAAACAGUCUUCGCCGAGCGGGAAAAAAAAUCGGUCGUUUGUUGGCUAGUCACCACCAUAAAGCAAGAAUCAAUAGCAGUGAGGAUGACAACUUGCAAGCUUGUAUGAGCUGAGUAGGUUUGAGAAACCCAGGGAUCCCCCCCCCCCCCCUCCCCUUCGUAAUGGCGUUUUGUAUAGUCGGGUUCAUACUCACAUUUUUAAUACUUUGUUUGAAUUUUACUGCUCAGAUGUACAAUAUAUUAUUAGCCCCGCUGGGAUCGUAAUAAAAUUGCUUGGUGUUGGGGGCCAGAAGUAUGCCUUUGUGUUGCAUAUUUAGGUUGUGUGUUUUAGCUGUUCAUUGGAUGGCCUGUCCGUACGAUGCUACGGCAGCAAGAGAACCUGUGGUUUCACAAGUUUUGGCUGGAGUUAUUUGAAUGCUCCGCGACGGCAAUACGUAAGUUGUCUACAUCCCGGGGUCCGGUUACGAGUGAUAUGGCGUGAGUAUCCUAGAGGAUUGACCCUGUUUUCUGGGCGCUGUGAGCGCAAGUUUGCCCGGCCGGUCGCCCAGGCUGCCCCUAACAACUGAUGGAAUCUUAACGAGCCGGUCGAUCACCAGCGUUACCGGUACUUUCAGAGCAGGGUACUUUACCCUUAGAUUCCUAGUCCGUCUCUUGCUGAUAUCAUUCCACCACCGGCUUAAUCAUCCCGCGAGAAGCCAACCAAGCCCCGCCUCAUUCACAACCUCAAAAAGCCAUAGACUACCUUUCCACGACACUGUGUCACACAACCGGAAACAGAACCCAAAAAUGAUGGAUGAAGUCUCCCCAAAAGCACCCCCGGCUCCUACCGUUGAGACAGAGGUAGAAGCUCGAGCUGAAGCCCCGCAGCCUCGCAUGAGUGACCAUUGCACGAAUGAUACUCCGCUCGGUUAGUAUGACGUACGAUGUGCAUUUGUGGAGCUUGGCUAAUGUCGGUGUACGGUAGAUGCUUCGGAGGUUGCUAAUGGUGUAUGCUCUACCUAACUUGUGACUUUCAUUUGUUCAUUCAUCCGUUGGGUCCUUUUUAGCUAACUUAGCCUUAUUUCCUUGCAUUGAAGGAAAUUGUUAAACUUGCGGAUGUCGAUGUACGUGUCUGGACAUUUGCUACGAAAGGUAGGGAUGGGGAGGCUGAUUGUUUGAUUUUAGGUUUAUGUUUCCAAACCGAUGGAUGCCGUUUCUGGCACCCCUAGGCUGGUCCUCAUGUUGACCGGCGGAACCGGCGUCAUGGCGAAGACAAACCAGAUCCAGGCCGACUGUUUUGCUCAGGAGGGAUACUUUGUUGUUAUGCCUGAUCUGUGCGCAUGCUGUCUCUUGUACCCUUUUGACUUAAGCUAAUGGUUACCUCAGGUUCAAUGGUAAACCUGAUUAUUCGAGGAAAUCGCAGAGGGCGGAGGUUUGAGAGUUCAGGGAAGCUGAAGAUGUUCAUUUAGGCGAUUCUGCUCCCAAUGCCGCUGCAGUAACGGCACAUACCGAAAAUGCGGAUCUUCUCGAGACGAUAAAGUUUAAAGCUGCGGAGGGUAUCAAGGGCUUCAUAAUCGGUGUGUUCGCUUCGUUUCACCUUUACGUGUGAAGAUAGGGAGCUAAGAGGAUGUGCGCUAGAUAUGUGGCUUGCCCGCCAUACUCCUGAAAACACUAUGCCAAUAAUAGAAACGGUCCUGAAGGCUGUCAAGGAGACAUACGCUGACAAGGCCUACGAUUCCUCCAUGGGAAUACUAGCGGUAGGAUACUGCUUUGGAGCGAAGUAUGUUUUGCGACUUGCAGCUACGGAUGAGAUUGCUGCUGGUGCUAUUGCGCAUGGUUUGAAACCCGGAUUCCUGUUGCGCGGAGAUGGGGCGGGCUCUGAGAAAAUGGUAUAUAGGGCUCCUGAUCAGCAAGGAGGAUAUUGCGGGAGUUAAGAAGCCAGUCACUUUGGCUUGUGUUGGUAAUCGAUAACCUUGCUUGGCCUGGAGGUCAUAUAAGCUAAGAAUGUCCUUCUAUAGAAAACGAUAUGUUCUUCCCUGACGAAGUCAGAGACGGAGGAAAGAAACAGCUACAAGAUAACAAUAUCGACCACGAGUUGAAGGUUUAUCCCGGCGUCCCCCAUGGUAUGUAUUAUCAUACCCGAGUAGGGUUGGGAUGGCGUUGCUGAUUUGAUUUGAUUCAGGAUUUGCUGUCUACGGGAGCUAUUCUGAGGAACACAUAAAGACCGCCCAGAAACAGGCCUUUGAUCAAUUCCUAGAGUUCCUGAGUAAGCAUUAGCUGGGUACCGGUUUCCGUUACUAUUGCGACUCCCCUUUUAUCGUUAUUGUUUUCCCCUUUCUUUUGUCAAGGGCGAUAGUAGUAGUUGCCAUUAAUACAAAUACCAAUCCGUAA